AUGGCGCUGCGCCGCCUCCUGCUGCCGCCUCUGCUGCUGUCGCUGCUGCUGUCGCUCGCGUCCCUGCACCUGCCGCCCGGCGCAGACGCCGCCCGCGGUCGCGCCGCUAACCGGACCCUGAGCGCGGGAGCCGUCGGAGGUCGGCGUGCCGGGGGCGCCCUGGCCCGAGGCGGCCGCGAGCUCAACAGCACCGCCCGGGCGUCCGGCGUUUCGGAGGCGGGCAGCCGGCGGGGACAGUCCGCAGCAGCGGCAGCGGCGGCGGCCAGCGCGACUGUUACUUACGAGACCUGCUGGGGCUACUACGACGUGAGCGGCCAGUACGACAAGGAGUUCGAGUGCAACAACAGCGAGAGCGGCUACCUGUACUGCUGCGGCACCUGCUUCUAUCGCUUCUGCUGCAAGAAACGCCACGAGAAGCUGGACCAGCGCCAGUGCACCAACUACCAAAGCCCGGUAUGGGUGCAGACGCCCAGCACCAAGGUAGUGUCGCCGGGGCCAGAGAACAAGUACGACCCCGAGAAGGACAAGACCAAUUUCACCGUCUACAUCACUUGCGGGGUGAUCGCCUUCGUCAUCGUGGCUGGCGUCUUCGCCAAGGUCUCCUAUGACAAGGCCCACCGCCCUCCGCGAGAGAUGAACAUCCACAGGGCUCUGGCUGAUAUCCUAAGACAACAGGGACCAAUCCCCAUAGCACACUGUGAAAGAGAAACCAUUUCGGCCAUCGAUACCUCUCCCAAAGAGAAUACGCCGGUCCGAUCAACCUCCAAAAACCACUACACCCCUGUGCGCACAGCCAAGCAGACUCCAGGGCAUUAUGGGAAGGAUGCUUACCGAAGUGGAGGACCAGAUCUCCAUAACUUCAUCUCAUCUGGAUUUGUCACAUUAGGAAGAGGACACACGAAGGGUGAUCGUCAGUAUAAUCAUCCGAUCUUAAGCAGCGCUACCCAGACCCCUACACAUGAGAAGCCACGGAUGAAUAACAUCCUAACAUCAGCCACGGAACCCUAUGACCUCUCCUUCUCACGCUCUUACCAGAACUUAGCCCACUUGCCUCCAUCAUAUGAAUCUGCAGUGAAGACCAAUCCAAGCAAGUACUCAUCUCUGAAGAGGCUAACUGACAAGGAAGCUGAUGAGUAUUACAUGAGAAGGAGGCACCUGCCAGACCUUGCAGCCCGUGGUACCCUUCCCCUCAAUGUCAUCCAGAUGUCUCAACAGAAGCCGCUUCCUCGAGAACGGCCACGCAGGCCCAUCAGGGCCAUGUCCCAGGACAGAGUCUUGUCUCCACGUCGGGGACUGCCAGAUGAAUUUGGCAUGCCCUAUGAUCGCAUCUUGUCUGAUGAACAGCUGCUUUCCACAGAGCGCCUGCACUCCCAGGACCCGUUGCUGUCUCCAGAGAGGACAGCCUUCCCAGAGCAGUCGCUGUCGCGGGCCAUCUCGCACACGGACGUCUUUGUGUCCACGCCAGUGCUGGACCGCUACCGCAUGACCAAGAUGCACUCCCAUCCCAGUGCCUCCAAUAACUCCUAUGCCACCCUGGGCCAGAGCCAGACGGCAGCCAAGCGCCACGCCUUUGCCUCUCGCAGACACAACACGGUGGAGCAGCUGCACUAUAUCCCGGGCCAUCACACCUGCUACACAGCCAGCAAGACCGAAGUGACGGUUUGA